CCAUUAAUUACAUUAUUUAUAUCUUUAAUUUUUGUCCCCCGGCUUUUUAAGGUUUACAUUUUUAACUACCUCGAUAAAAACUUGGAUUACUUCCACUGUGUUGUUUGGAGGUCGACGAUAUCAACAAUGGGGAAUAUGUGGUAUGCAUAUGUUUCCCAUCCUGACACUGCACCAGAUUUCAAUAAACCACCAACAUUUGAUCCACUUUUAGGCUUUCCAAAUGGUCGUAAAGAACGAUGUAUAAAAGCUACCAGGGAAGAACUUGAUAAAGCCAACAUCCCAUUAAGCAAAAGAGAUUAUUGUGUGGAUUACUUUUUGGAACUCAUCAAGUGUCGACAACAACACUUUCCAAAUACACAUGCACAGUGUUCUCAUCAGUUCCAUGCUUGGGAGCAAUGUGAAAAAGAAGAUGAAGUCUUGAGGCUUAAAGAAUAUGAAAGGGAGAAGCGAUUAAAAGAAAGGAGCAAGAGGAUAGCUUGCAAAGAAAGUUUAGAAACAUUGGCAGAGUGAUUGGUAUGAUGAUGUCUAAAUUAGAACUACAAUAACUAAAAAAUUGUGUACACUAUUUGUGUGAAUAUUUUGUACAAAUGUUGUUGUUUUUUUAAUCUUUGGAUUAAAAAAAAAGACUUAAAAAUACAAUUUUUUCUUACCUAUAUCUAAUAAGAAACUGAUACAGCUAAGAAUUCUAGCACUAAUACGUUUGAUGAUUUAUUUGUUCUACUUUUUGAAGCUAGUUGAAUGCAAGGCAUGCUGAAAGUUUGGUCAAAUAUAAAAUACUUGAUCAAUGUAUCUGAAGUCUAUUUCUUUUCAAAUACCGGGUAGUCAUUUGUUUUUAAAAUAAAUAUUUUUUUUUUUUCUCA